AUGUCCGCGGGCUCCUCGGUCCCGGGUCGCAGCCCCUUAACGCGAGAACGUUCAAACCUCGAUAUCGGAGCGAGCGGCCUGGCAGCAACAAAUGUGCAGCGUCCACCGAGGGGCCCCAAGGCGGAGAGUGCGCGAAACACGGAUAGGACCGAUGCUCUCUGGGCUGAGAUGCAGGCGACAUUGGAGGAGGUCGAACUAUCUGCCUCAGGAGGUACUCACGUGUUUGGGCCCGAGCAUGACCGCAAACUGGGAGAUCUUCGUACUGCUCAAAUCGCACUCGCGCAGGCAUGGGCGAGAAGCGAGGCAGAUGACGCUAUCGAAACGGCAUACCGUGACGGGACCUCAUCUCUGCUAGGGGAUGAAAUGCGUAAUAUGAAGGGCGCCAUGGGUGACGGGUCCAAGUCCGGACCAGGCGAAGCGACAGACGGUGCCAAGAGCACAGCAGCGUCUCAAAGCGCAAAACCAGAGAGCAGCGCCGCUGAGGUUGAGCGCCUGGGCGCGAAGCUGGAAAAGGAAACGGAAACUGACAUUCUUCUGGCGAGGAGGCGGCGCGAAGCCAACGAUGAGUAUUUCCGGCGUGUCAACAACGGCGUUAUUGACGUUGUGGCUAAACUUGAUGACGUUGCGAAGGCUAUGAGGUCUGUUGAGCAGGAGAGCAAGGAUGUCUGGAACGAAAGCGGUAUACUUGCUGGAAACGCAAAGAUGUGA